CGCAGCUUUUAAAAGCUCGCAGAACUAGCGCUGUACUCACGAAACGCCAUGGAAUCGCAGGAACGUCAGAAGCUCACUGUUUACCGUCCGCGGGUCGCCGACUUUUACCAAGGCAAAUCAGUGUUUAUAACGGGUGCAGCUGGUUAUCUCGGUGUGAUUUUACUAGAAAUCCUACUGCGAUGUUGCCCUGGUAUCCGCUAUAUCUACAUCUUACUCAGGGAAAAAAGAGGAGUAGAGCCAGAAUUCCGACUAAAAUCAAUAUUCAAGCGAGAGAUUUUCAACAAAUUGAAGGAAAAGCAACCUGAUGUUUUACAGAAGGUAAGAGUUAUCUCUGGAGAUCUCUCUCUACCAAACCUUGGAAUGAGCAAAGAGGAUGAACUUGAAGUAGCAACAGAAGCAUCCAUUGUUUUCCAUUGCGCAGCAAUAAUAAAUUUCUUGAAACCUCUCAAGUACAUUCUUUUGCAUAAUGCUGUUGGAACAGCUAAUGUGAUAGAUUUCUGCAAGAAAUUUAAAAAAUUAGAUGCUUUAGUGUACACAUCCACAGCCUAUUCUAACAGCAAUAGAAAUGCUGAAAUUGAAGAACAAAUUUACAGGCUGCCGUUUCCAUCACAAAGAUUUUUGGAUAUGCUCAGCAAUGGAAGUGACGAGGAUCUGAGAAAUCUAGUGUCGCAGUGUUAUCCAAAAUGGCCAAAUACUUACACAUUCAGCAAGUGCUUAGCAGAGAACAUAUUAGCAGAACAAGCAGCUGAUUUUCCAGUCUCUAUCAUUCGUCCAUCGAUCAUUAUUAGCUGUUGGAAAGGGGCGCUGCCGGGUUAUGUUGAAGAAGGUUCUGGCAUGGUUGCCCUCGGUCUUGGGAUUGGGAAAGGAUUUGUACGUGCUAUGCGUUGCGACCCAGAAAAAAUAAUCCAUCUUGUCCCUGUAGAUAUAGUCGCAAAUUGUCAUGUAGUUGCUGCUUGGUCUGUAGCAACACGCAGAACUGCUUCGCCUUUUGUUGUGAACUGCACCACUUCGUCUGAACUUUCUUCAUGCACAUGGGGACAUUACGCAAAAGUUCUUCUGGAUAUGAGUUUAAAGCAUCCAUUGCCAAAAUCAUAUCAAAGUCCUUACCUUUCUAUGCAAAAGAGUUCAGUUGGUUAUUGGCUGCUUUCCUGUUUCGAACAUUAUAUUCCUGCGAUUGCUAUAGAUUGUUUGCUGUGGCUCAGUGGGCGUAAACCCAGGUUGGUGUCGCUGUACCGAUACUUCGAAAGAGCUAUGAAAUCUGUAGAAUUUUUCUUGUUGCGCGAUUUUAAAUUUCGCUAUGAUAACUUCAAGAAAUUGGACUGGCUGCUCGAUCCUGAAGAUAAAGAGGUAUUUUACACUGAUAUCAAAGAUUUCACAAUAGAAGAUUUGGCUGCUGAUAUUCCUACGGGCGCUCCCUUUUACAAGUGGGAUAUAGACAGGAAACCCUUUGAUGAUCGUAUGCGAUCAACGUAUAUUCGACAUUUAUUGACUGCCUUCAUUAAGUGGUUUGUCGUCUCAUUAUUCUUCCUGGUGCUGUAUCUGAUAUUCCAGUCACUAUUCCAAAGAUCCUGAUAUAAUUGCAAUACUCAUCUUAAUUUAUAUUUCUAAUACAUUACUCAUGCAUUUAUCGAGUGCUUUAAGAAUAUUUUGUGUAAUUUGUCCAGUAUGUUUUAUUUUUGUAUAUGUUGAUCUUAUAGAAAAAAUAAAUAAAGUCAACAAA